AUGACGUCGCGGCCGAGCCCGGACAUCACGGACCCGACAACGCAGACAGUCACGUCGGCGGUCUUCGGGGUGUUCCAAGGGCUGGAGGUGGCUAGUUGUGCGCUGCCCCCAGCUCUGCUCAGCGACUGUAGCCAGGUCGUCGCCUUCCUCGUGUCGUUCUGCGCGACGUCGAUCCUCGUGGUCGGCAUCAUGGCGGCGGCUUUCGGUGGGGCUACAGCUAGACUGAGCCGCGUGUCCGACUGCGCGCUCUACCGACUCGCGCUAUACUCGUCAUGCGCGUGCAUCGGCAUCGCCCUCGCCUGGGUCGCGCUCGUAGCGACCAGCAAGGUGAACGCCGUCGUCGGCUGA